CAGGAAGUAAAAUCCGCUUGAAAGAUAUUGUACUAAACCUAUGCAAAGAGAAAGUAGAAAGCUGGAUGGAAAUUCUAGUUUGCAAAAGGAAUGAUGAAAUUACGUUUUUUUACUAUUAAACGGACACAAGAAAUGAAGAAAACAUAGAGAGAAUUAUAAGCUAAGCAGAUGAAAAGCAGAGAAAUAUUGGAGUUUAAACACAUCUACUGAUAUUUUAAACGCUAAAAGUAAAUAACUGGUAAACCAGACUUAGUUGCUAUGGCGCUGGUAGAUGGUAUCCGCGUUGUCCGGGGGCCGGACUGGACUGGGGGCGAGGAAGACGGAGGCGAGGGUCACGUGGGGACUGUUACAGACAACAACGAAGACAACACUGUUGAGGUACAGUGGGACAUGGGGCAGACGGGGACAUACAAAACCGGAAGCGAAGGGAAAUGUGAGCUACGCAUCCUUGACAGUGCCGCCGCGGGUCUCAAACACCAAGGGGAAACGUGCGGCGGAUGCAAGGAAUCCGAUUUCCCAGGGACCCUGUGGCGCUGCAAGACCUGUCCGUCCGUCUCUCUGUGCACGCUCUGCUACUUCAAAGACCAACACGAGCUGCAACAUGAAUUCAACAGGGUUGACGUUCCUGGUUGGAGCGGAAUGCCGGUGAAAAAGCGGUCCAUCAGCAACAAGAUGCGGGCCCUUGGGAUAUUUAAGGGCGCCAAGGUGAAGCGGGGAGCAGACUGGAACAGCGGAAAUCAGGACGGCGGCGAUGGAAAGGUCGGUACCAUAACUGAUGUAGUCAACUACGGGACAACGGGGCCAUGGCGGGACGCGGUCAAGGUCAAAUGGCUAUCUGGGGACUCCAACCAAUACCGACUGGGCUACAGGGGGAAGGUGGACCUGGAAUGUGUGGAGGAAACCCCGGGCCUCGAUUACUACAGGGACCACCUAAUGCCCAUGAACACCAACUUUAAACCAGACACUACCCCGGUCACACGGACGUCAACAACCGCUAAGCCAGCCAUGAAACCUAAACCCUCCAUACGGCGGCAGGCGUCCACUAUGACUCGGGCGCAGGUUGGAGACAAGGUGUGCGUCGAACUUCCGGAAGCAGCUCUUAAGGAGAUGCAGAAGGGCCAUGGAGGCUGGAGUAUGCGCAUGAAGGAUUACAUUGGUCAACACGGGGUGGUACGCAAGUUCGAGGAGAACGGUGACUGUGUGAUCGACUAUGACGACAAGCAGUGGCGCUUCAACCCGGAAGCCCUCAGAAAGGUUCCGUCUCUGAAGGUCGGUGACAUCGUGCGCAUCAUACCGGAAGUGGAGAAAGCGGAAGCGCUGCAGAAGAAACAUGGCGGAUGGACAUCUGAGAUGACAGAGGUACUGGGAGCCGUUGGGAAGAUCGUUAAGAUUGACUCUGACGGGGACGUAGCCGUGGCGUUCGGCAGUAAGGCGUUCGUUUUUAAUCCCGCCUGCUGCGAAGCUGCACCAGGUCAAACAGUUUCGGAAUUCAGUGGAGGUAGCGGCGGUGGCGGCGCUGGUGGCGGCGAAAGACGAGCAGGGGGUGCCGGUGCCGGUGGUGGCGGUGGUGGAGCUUCAGGUGGAAGCGGCGGGGGUGGUGGCGGAAAGACCGGUGAUGAUGACGACGACGACACUAGGGACGAGGCUGCCGAAGCGCUCGCGAACCUGAUAGCGCAGCUCUUUCUGGUUAGACCACAGACGGCCGCAGGCGCGCAACACCUGGUCGCCGCUGCCGCCAACAAUGACGUGGCUUCUUUGAUUAAGCUAUUGAAAGCUCAACCAAAACUGAUCAACGAGAAGCACAAGGGACUGACGGCUUUGAUCAUCUCCGCCCACGAGGGCCACAAGGGCGUGGUCGAUAUUUUAAUCAAGUGUAAGGCGGACCUUAACCUUCGAGAGGAGAAAGGAAACACGGCGCUCAUGGCAGCUCUCAUGAAGAAGCGAGAGGAGGUUUCGAUGAUGUUGAUCGAAGCAGGCGCAGACAUACGGAUGUGGAAUGCGAACGGGCGGACGGCCCUCCACUUUGCAGCGUCAAACGGGGCAAACAGCGUCCUUCGGGAGCUACUGAACAGGAAGGCGGACCCCAACAGACAAGACGCCGCAGGAGACACGCCUCUUCAUGACGCAAUCCAUAAUAAGAACAACUCGGCCGUCCCAUUCCUUGUAGCGGCGCCCGAUGCAAAUCUCAAACUACUAAACGCGAAAGGACACAUUGCGCUUCACUUGGCAGCGAUGAAAGAUGAUGAAAUGGCCGUUGAACGGAUCCUUACUAAAGCACCCGAGCUCAAAAACGCCCGGAAAAGCACCGACGGCUACACUGCUCUCCACAUCGCAGCAAUCAAUGACAAUACCGCAGUGAUCAAGACGCUCGUUAGGAUGAAGUGUGAUGUGGAUGCGAGAAAUAUCAAUAAGUACACACCUCUCCACCUGUCCUGUCAUCAGGGGCACCUGGAGGCCUCGCAGGUUCUCAUCGAAGCGUCCGCGAACGUGAACGUUCAGGACGACGAUGGAGAUACGCCACUACACAACUGUGUGAUGGGAAGGCGACAGGGCGAAGAAACUGAGCAGCUUGCUCGUCUAUUGUUCGGCAUGCGCAUAACCCGUGACGCCGAGGUUCAACAGAGAACAAACCUCGGCUGCCUGCUCAUCAAAGCAGGCGCAAACGUCUCCAUCAUGAACAAGAAAGGACGGACCGCUCUACAAAGCUGUAGUGAUGAACGCAUGCGAAACGCGCUAACGAGUUAUGCAAACAAACACGCCAGGAGUAGUGGCGGUGGUGGCGCCUCUGGUGGAGGACGUCCACAGACUGCAAUGGAUCUGUUAGCGCAGCUGUUCACGGAUUUGCCACUUCCAUGCGGAGGCUGCAGGGAGAAAGUGGCGGAUGCCAAGUUUGCGCCUUGCGGUCACCGUGUCCUGUGUAAACAGUGUGCGUUUCGCGUCCGUGACUGUCCGCGAUGCCAUGUGCCCAUACUGGAACGCUAUGAUAUGGAAGGGAAUCGCUUAGUUGCCAUGGAUUCCUGCAAGGUACAGUAGGUGGGAGGCGACUCUGGUGGAAGAUCUUACACAGAAACAAUUUGUGUUGUGAAAUAGACUUUGUAUAUUCGCGCUUGUGAUAUGAGAUAUUCCUGAAUAUUCGAAAUGGAGACCUUGAAGUGAUUCCAAUCUGUAUGCCUAUAUUAGGUUUCUUUUUGCAUUUAUUGAUGUUUUUAUGAAAACCAUAUGUGUGUGGGUUUUUCUUUGUUUUACUUUUUUGAUUUUUGUGUGUUUUAUGCAAUUGUCCAUGUACAUGCAAUUAUUUUGUUACGGAACUACUUUGUGAUAUCGUUUUAUUGACUUUUAAUGAAAUGUUUCCCUGUAACACCCUAUAGAUAGUUACUACUACACUCAGAGGUACACGCAUUUUAAUUGUUUAAUAAGUGUUGGUCAAUCGGCAUAUAACCUUUGACCAAUACCCGUAAGAACAUUGACAUGAUGGCCAUGACAUGCAUUCAGUUUUGAAUGUUGUACAAACACAAACAUAUAUUCUACGGAAUACAGCAUAUAGCUAAUUUUAUCUAGUGUAUAUAGGAUUAUAUCUGUCACGAUAACUAUACAGAAUUUUGUUCAACGAGUUCAGAAAUUAUGUCAAUAAUCGAGCCUUUUUGCUAACAUAUAUCCUGGACGAGAUGAACACAAUUCUGUAUUUUUUAGUUGUAUUGUCCAUGUUGUUUCGAAAAUUCUUUAUUGUCUAAUGACAAGUGUCAGGUUCCUUAUUUCAUAUGUUUCUCUAGUAACAAAUAGCAAAACGGACAUACCUGUAUCAGCUGCUCUAGCGAUGAUCCGAAUACCACAAUGCAAGACCAUUUCCCGGGUCACAUGCACUCAAAAAAUGCAGUAUCCGAGCAAUUAAAAACUACAGAUACAUCUGAUCGUUUCAGUUUUGUUUAUAUGUAUAAUGCAUAUUAAGACGUUAUGCAGUAAGAAUCACAACGAAUACACUAUACUUUUAACGAAAACUGCUUUCUUUUAAAUUGUGACGUCAUAUCCGGUAAAAUGAGGUCAAAAUUUGUUACGAUUUCAUGACAUCAUUUCCUUUAAGGUAUAGCAUGUCCUAAAAAUAAUUAAUCUUACAAUUUUGAUUUAUCAAAAAAAAAAUGCCGUUUAAGAAGACGCUAAAGUGUUUCAAUUAAAUAUUUCCGGUAUUCUAUAAAGGGUGUUAACAUAACAACUUGGCAUAACUGAUCUUACUUUUUUACGGUUAGGCCAAGUUGGCCCCUUUUUAACACUUUGACGUAUUAGGUUGUAAAUUGGGAAAAAAAUGCGUACAUAUUAUGUAUUCCAUGAAUGUAUUUGUAUUAUUCAAUAGUUUGUUUGAUUUAGUAUUGUGCUGGUACUACUUGUCCCGCUAUAAAAGACUUUGAAGUAUGAUUUUGUAUAUUGGGCUAACAGUGCAUGCAUAUUAUACAUGUAUUUCAUGAACGUAUUUGUAUUAUUCCAUAUUUUGUUAGAUUUAGUCUUGUGCUAGGACUACGAGUCCCGCUACAAAGGACUUUCUUAUUGAUAGUGAUGUAUUCGUUCAUUUUUUUCGAGUAUCAUUCAAUAAAGUGAUAGUCUC